AUGAAUGCUGAUUUUUAUGCCAACACUCUCUAUCUAUCUAUCUAUCUAUCUAUCUCUCUAUCUAUUUCAGUCUAUUUUCUAUCCAUCUGUCUGUCUAUCUAUUUAUUUCAGCCUGUUCAUUAUCUAUUUAUUUCAUCUUUUUCACUAUCUAUCUAUCUAUCUAUCUAUCUAUCUAUCUAUCUAUCUAUCUAUCUAUCUGCUAAGAAAGCUGCAGAGCAAGAGUGUAUCACAUACUUCUUCUGCAAAAAAAGUUUUGUCUUUUUUCAUUUCUUUUUUUCUCAUCUUAUUUCUUUUCAUAUUUGCCUUUUUCUUUCUUGUACAUUGCCGCCAUUUUUUCUUUCGAAUUUCUCUUUUGCCUUUUCUUUUCUUUCUUUCUUCCUUUUCUUUCUUUCUUUUCUUUCUUUCCUUCUUUCUUUCUUUCUUUCUUUCUUUCUUUCUUUCUUAUCCUUACUCUUAAACUCUUUCGUUCAUACGACUUUUGAAUUCUUUUGUUUGUUCGAUCAGCCGUCUCUUUUCUUCCUCUUUCCAUACAGGAAGUUGGAAAAUUCCGAGUACGGGACGUUCUCUUGGCAAGUGGGCGGUGGGGUGGUUAAUAGGUCAAUAAUGAAGUUCAUGAUCUAUCUAUCUAUCUAUCUAUCUAUCUAUUUAUUUCUUCGGGAACAGCACAAGAUUCGAUCCAAACAAUUUCAGAUGAGAGGAAAAUAG